GAGAAUAAUGUUUUAUUGGUGUGUAGAGUUGAUCAGUAAAUGGCUGUUGUCAUGGAUCUGUUUUAUACUUGUAAAACUUCGGAUUACUAUAGCACAAUGUGAUAUUAUACCGCAGUUACACAGUAAGGAAUCGUCACUUACAAAGCAUUUAAUCCGCCGGAGAGGACUUCUUAAUCGAGCUUUCAGACCACCCUAUAUACUAAGAAACGGAUUUGUCCAAACCUUUGCAGGACUACUUUGUUGGCCGAUGGAGAAUUUUCAAUUUGAGCGGGAAUAUCUUCAAACAGCCGACAAAUUUAUUGUUGCACUGGAUUGGUUCAAACAGUCGACAACAAAGUUAAAACGAAACAGUCCAAUUGUAUUGAUAUUUCCGCGGUUGACCGGAGAUGCUAUCAGUACCGGACCGCUGUGUAAACUUGUCGCCUCCAGAGGAAUGAGGGCUGUUGAAUUUAACAGAAGAGGACAUGGAGUAAGUUUUCUGUUGUCAGCUAAACUAACCAGCAUUGGUGACACAAAUGAUACAAGAAAAGUCAUAGAGUAUAUAUUUAACAAAUAUCCGUACGUACAGAUCAUAGGAAUUGGAAUAGGUGCCGGAUCAGCGACAUUGUUCUCUUAUCUUGGUGAAUUUGGUUCUUCCUCAUUAAUGAAGGCAGCCGUGAAUAUAUCUCCAUCAUAUGAUAAUACAGAAAAAUUGUGUGAACAGAUACCGAAACUCUACGAACUGUAUCUAUUAAUGGACCUUAAAGUAAUGUUAAUUAAACAUUGGAAAGUUGUAAAAAAAUUAAUUGACGUAAGAAGUGUAUUGUUAAAAGCUUGGUCCUUAAAAGAUUUUGAUUAUCAAGUUUAUUGUAAAAUGUACGGUAUAGAAACAUUCGAGGCCUUCUGGCAAAGGAAUGAUCCAAUGAGAGAUGUUGAUGACAUAGCUGUACCUGUUUUAUGCAUUAACAGUUUAGAUGACCCUGUGUCAGUUAAAGAAAACAUUCCUUUUGAUUUAUUUCAGUUUUAUCCGAAUUUAUUAUUAGUAACUGUAGAAAAAGGGGGUCACUGUGCAUUUUAUGAAAAUAUGCGCGAAGAUUCAUGGGUGAACACAAUUGCCCUGAAUUAUAUAGAGUAUGUUUUAGAGUUUAUUUCAAACUCCAAAUUUUGGCAUCGCUAAUUGUGGCUCAUAGUUCCACAUUAAUUUUGACAAGUCAAAUCUCAAUGUUUGUCUUAACAGUGUGUGUGAACAAUUUCUUAUACAUGUACUUCUAGAGCUUAAGAUGUAUUUUGAAAUAAAAUGUUCAGCAUGAUAUACAACUUUGUUUCUAGUAUCUACGGUGACUGAUUUGGUACACUUCGCGCGUUGCGUUGUCGAUAGCGACAACUCAACCUAUAUCGUUAUCGCCUUUUCGUCUUGUCUUGUCUCUAGCGAAGCACGCUAAAUGAUGCGUUUGUCGUGCGGCGUAUUGUCGCGAUGUCGCCCUGUCGCUUGGCCCUAUUGCAAAUCUUUCGAUUUGAGCCGAGCGACAAUGUGACAUCGCGACAACACGCCGCACGACAACACGCCGUUUGGCGUUCAUCGUAAGCGACAGGACGACUAGAGGAAAGUCCGGAAAGCGCCAAUUGUUGCUUAGUCGUGCUGACGCUUACGACAACACGACGCAUUAAAGCGUUCCAAAUCAGUCACCAUAAGUAUCUGCAUUUGCGAUAAGAAUAAUUAAUUGGUACAAUGCAUGAUAAAAUAGUUACUUGAGCCGGUUUUAGAAAUAAAAAAAAUCUUUUUUGUUAUUCGUUAUAAGUAUGUAAAAUGCAUGUGCUUUUUAAUUUUUGAUAAUAAAAUAGAACUGACAUUAACUCUUUCUAAGUAUGUUUGUUAACAUAAUUUUUUCUCCAUUAAUUGUAUGAUUCCUAUCUUGGAUAUUAAAAACAUGUGUAAAACGCAGAUGACCAAUAACUGUCUAAUGACAAUAAAUAUCUAUUCAGAAGCCCAGCAUUAAGGUUGGGUGAUCACAUGACAUUUGUUUACAUUGGGUGACCGAUAAUAUUUAGUGUUUGCUAAUUUUCGUUUAAUCUUUCAAUUUUUUUUAAUAAUAAACAUAUACAUGUACCAUGUUCCAUGUAAAUAUUUGCAGAUUUAAAUUGUAUAUAACUACAUUUUAUUUUUCCUAUUAUGCUCUAUGUGACAAUAUUUUAAUGAAAAUUUGUGUAACGAUUUCUGGAAGCAUAUCGGGUAAAGUACAAUAGCUACACUGUAAAAAUAUGUACCAUUGGAAUCGGAAAAUAUUUGCCUGGAUUAUUGUGUAUGUUUAUUAUUCAAAUAUUGAAAGUUAUAUCGAAAAAAUAGCAAAA